GUGAUUCAAUUUGGAAUUGAAAAUUUCCUCCUAGUUUCGUUUUAACAAUGUCGGAUAUAGCUAGGACAGAGUGCUUCACCAAGAACAUACACAAUGAGUAGGAAAGCUCCCAGUUUACCAAAUUUUCAUUUUUUACCUAAUCAGACAGGAAACAGCAGAAGAACAACGGAUAGAGAAAACGGACCAUUAUAUUUUUUGGUCAUAGAUCCACCGACUGGUCGCAAAAACCAGACCAAAUUCCUGCAGAAAGGGACCGAUAAUGAGUUUGACAAUGGCUACUCUGAGAAAAUAUAUGAAAUUACAGGACAAGAGGAGAAAUCCCACCCAAUGUCACAACUCAUGGAGAAACAGUCGAUGCGAUCCACAAACAUCUCUCCUGGUAAUUUUUGGUGUAUCAAUAAUCAUAGGGAGGCAACUGGACGAGAAGAAGAAAUAAAAAACAAGUUAUUAGAUGAAGAUGGGGAUAUAUAUAACGAUGAAGUAGAUGGUGAUGAACUGACAGAUAGAGAUCGUUUGGACACCUGUACAUGUUUUGCAUGUAGUUUAGCACGUCAACUACGUUCCAGUUCAAGGACGAACCCAUACAAUGCCUCAGAACAAACUGACGAGAAACAAUUUCACCAAUCUUCUUUGGAAUAUGAUCAUCAACAUGAUUGGGACCAGUCAUUCUACCAGAAAAUAAAUUCAAGUCCAAAUACCGAUACCUCUGUACAAGCUCCGAUAGAUACAGAAGAAAAACAAUUACAAAAACCAAAGAAAGAAAAGAUAGUUAACGGGGCUUCACAGGAAAAAUCUGGAACAUUACCAAUUGUCUCAGAUUCACAUAAUUCGUCUGUACAAGAUAUGUCAGAAGAGAAAACUUUGUGGAACCUUCCAUCAAAAGUGACUCACCCCAGUUGUCCGGAAACACUACCACAACCUACAAAGGCAUCUGCAGAAACGUUUGUUGAAGAAAACGCCAAAAUAGGGUGCCAACCUGGUUUUAAUUCUACAAAAAACCAAGAAAGAUGUUCUGAAAAAGGUAAAUCCAUUAGAUCAGAAGAUGCAAAUGACAAAGGAAUCUUAGAUAAUAAACCUUUGACGGAACAAAAACAUCAAAGUCAAAAUUCGCAGACUGAUACUAAAAAAUAUAUGGUUCAACUUGAGGCUGAAGAGAAACAUUACAGCUUGGAGGAAGAUGGUGACGGUCCAGAUUCCGAAUUAUCAUGGGAAUCAGAAAUUUUCGACACGAUGGAAGACAAUGAAUAUUUGUACGAUGAUUACUAUUCUGACCAUUACACCCUGGAUAAUAAAAUGCCACAAAAUCCAUCUGCAGUACAAAGCAUGCUUGGUUCAAGUGGAUAUGCAGAUACAGGGGGGCGAUACAGUAAAGGGAUUAGUCAGUUCGUAAAUAUGCCGACGUUUAUGCAGUCUAUCAGAAAAUUUGCCUCCGAUAACCUUUUCGAACUAAGAGACGUUGCACCAGACGGUAACUGCAUGUUUAGAGCAAUUGCAGACCAGCUCCAUAUCAAUGGGGAUUUAGGUUACAACUGGAAGAUUUUGCGUCGUCAAGCCGUGAGAUACCUGCGGCAUAAUCCUUGUCAGAGUGAUGGAAGUCGACUAGAAGAUUUCCUUUCUACAGAAUCGUGGGAACAUUAUUUACAAAGAAUGGAGCAAAAUUAUCAAUGGGGAGAUCAUAUGGUUUUGAAGGCCAUAGCAGACGCGUUGAAUUUAGUGGUGGUUGUUUUCAAUGUCUACGAGGACGAUAUCAGACGUACGGAAAUUCUAUCGGAAGGACGACCAAUUACAAAGCGGCAGAAAUUAACCAUAUUUCUUGGACACAUUGGAGAGUUCCACUACUUAAGUUUGCGACCCCUUCACUGGGAAAAAGAAUGGCCAUACAAAUCACUUAUUCGACGUUUACAAGUGAAUUGUCUGACAGAAAACAAAGCAAAAUUAAUGGGAUGGAUAGAGGAAAAAAUAGGUCGUGAAGCUACUAAAAAAUACAUUAAAGAUGUCUUAUCGGAGGACAAGAAUCUAAAGAACAAAGAACAAAUGCUUGAACCAGAUAUUAAGAGUCCUUUCUUGAAAUAUGGAUUACAACACCAAAUAUUGCAGUUGGAAGAUGAAGACGAUAAGAAAACUCUAAAAAACAUUGUUUCGGAUUCCAUGUCAGUAGACAGAGUCACAGGACUUGCACUGCCGCACUUCUCCUACGUAUUAAAAAAGUUGUUUGCGUACCUUCCCGUCGUGACGGUAAAAUCAACUUUUGAUUUUAAAUUAAAAUUUUACGUUAGUGGUAUCAAUGUAGACUACGAAUUGUAUGGCGCAGCCGCUGAUGGAAUCAAUAGGUAUAUAGUAGAUUAUAGCAAAGGGAGGAAAAUGCAAUAUUACGUAGACAAGACGACCACAAAUUUUCCAAGUUUUAUUAUUUGUGGUAUAGAUGUAGAACUUUUCUUUUCAAAGACGGAUACCAUGAUAGCAUGCAGUGUUUGUUUGGUUGAAUCCGACAGCCACGCAGGAUAUUGUCGACUGGUACCAGUAUUCAAUAAUGAGCGUACGUGGACAACUAGACUUGUGCGCUCAUUUGGAAGUGUGUACUUGAAAGCGGUCAAUAUACCGGAAAAUAUAAAGAAUACAUUAAAGGCAAAGGGAAUAUCAAAAUAUUUUUGGGGUUAUAAAUGCCCCUCUUUUCCACCGUCGGUAAGAAAAGAAUGGCAAUCAGAAGAAAGAACCACUAUUUGGCCAUCAGCGGAGAUAAGACGGGAUGUUUUAACUAGUGAAUGUCUAAUUAUACAGAGAGCCCAUCCUUCAAGUUGUCAACCAGAAGUGGAAUGGAAAUUCGUGUUUUCACAGGGUGAGAAACUCCUUUUCAAAAAGGGGUUGACUAAAAUUCAAAAAGAUACUUUCUCAAUCUUUAAAUUACUGAUGGAACAUAUGAAUCGCAAUGUUCCAAGACCUCUUAAACAAAAACACAUGAAAAGCGUGUUCUUUUACGCUUGUGAACAAAUCAAACAUGAAUCUUGGGAGGACAAUCCUGCCGGCUGCAUGGUUUAUCUGCUAUCAGAUUUACUACAAUGUGUCAAAAAACGAUGUAUACCCCAUUACUUCAUUGCUAGUAACAAUCUUCUCGAUUACUAUUCUGAAGAAGAAGUCCAGGCAUUGUGUGUUCAUAUAGAAGCAUUGAGGGUAUUUCCAAUUCAGUGUAUUGAACAUUUGUUUGAUGCUUAUGGAUGGGGGUCUAUUUUAAAAAAUGGAAUGUCUGUUCUCAAAGACUGUGAGCAUUUUGAGCGCACUAAAGACAUUAAUUACACUUGGGAAAAAGUAUUUAUCCCAGCUAAUUUGAAAUCUAUUAUGCCACUUAUAAAACUGAAACUGUAUGAAGAUGCAUACAUAAUGUUAAAGACAGUUUACGAGGAAGUACUCUUGGCUCCAUUGCCCUCAGAUCCUCCUAGUUUUCAAGAUAUGUUUUUGGAAGCUUUGAGUAUGAUGGAAGAUGCUUCUGCAAAAAAAGCUCUUGCAGCAUUAUAUGACACAGAGUGUGGCGCAGAUGUUCUCAGCCAAAUCAAAGCUGAUGUUGUUUUUGUGCGUGAUGUUCUUAGCGGGGAUAUAGAUGAACAAAUUGGUUGUAUGGAAAUACCAAAGUUCGUUACCCAGAAUCAUAUUCUUAUUGCUGUGUGGUUAGACGAAAAAGCUUUCGAAUAUUACCGCCGUAUGGAUUUUGAAAUGUCUAAAAAGCUUCUGUUAACAGCUAUCAAUUGCGCAAAACGACUUCUUAAAGGACAGAAUGAACUUGAAAUUAAUGAUAUAGAAGAUGACCACCUCAGAGAUGAAAUAUAUCAACAGAAAUAUGAACAAUCAUCAGGAGUUAUAAGUGCAUUGCUUAACAUUUGUUCACAUUUAGGUUGCGUCUGUUUUGAACCUAAAGAUUUCGAAAUCAUACGCGAGCAUAUGAAAGACCUAGAGACAUAUCGUCAUUCUCAUCCGAACAUUGAAGAAUUAAUUCAAAUGUUGAGUAGUUGCCUUACGAGGAGAGAAUCAGGUUAUUUUAAUGCUCCCAUGUUCCGACCUAUGACUUAGAUUUUAACGGAACAAAAACAUUUAUUUAAGCUUGGAUAUAAUCACAGCAUGAUCAUAUCCCUGAAAUGUGUAUACACUUUUAACGAAUAUGUCUAUGAAUCUAUGCUCCAUAACAAUAAAACUUAAAAUUAAUGUCUACAUUUGAUCAAUGUUCACAUUUCGUAGAGAUGAUUCAAUAGGUCGAUAUAAUUGAUUUUCAUUUUGUACGAUUUUAAAUUAGAUAAUCUAUUGAUGUGUUAACUUGUCUAAUUAAAAAUCAUUACAAAAUCAUUAAAUGAUUGCAAAAAUAAUUUCAAGUUAUCAAAACAAUACAUUGUACUUUAUUGGAACAGAAAUAAAUAUAUGAAUACAG